CCAGCAACCGGAGUCAGGCUAUGUGAACCGCACGAGUUUUGUGAAAGUGACUUUACUGUCAAGCAUUGCCGUAAUUGUAAAGAAUAAUAAAGGUGCUCUCCGAUCGAAGUGAACCAUUCAAAAGUUGAAUCACGGAUAUCUUGACAUCAUCUGUAUGAUACUGAAGAAUUAUUGAAAAUAUCGAUAUGUGUAAUCAAUAAAUAAGUAAUUAAAAAGUGGCGGUGUAUAAUUACAGCUUAAUUGAAACAACUAUAUGGAGCACAUUUCCAAGCGUAACAAAAAAUGAAAGGAAGUUUUGAAGCUACGUAUUGUUUAAAGAAAUGCGCUUAUUAAAGAUUCAUAUAUACAAAUGAAGAAAAAAGUUUUUUAAUAAACGUAAACCAAAAUAUCUAAAGUGAUUUGUUUAAAAAUGAUGAAAUAAGAAACCAUUCUUAAAAUAAAAUCUUAACUACGAAAACUCCAAAGCAAAUAAUAUAUUGUAAUUCUAUAAAAUUAAGAAUGUAUUAUAAAUCUUUAAUACUUAACAAUUUAAUAGCAGCUUUUAAAGGAUAGCUGAGUCCACCUGUGAACGAUUGGAUAAUCUUCUCAAUAAAGAUUUCGUUUAUGGACUUACGUAUGAUAGAAAUGAAGCUGAACCUGAAAACAAAUUAAGAGCAUAAAUUCGACAGAGAUCGAUUUAGACCAACAAAAAGUUCCUCAUUAACAUAAUAAAUUGUUAAGGUUAAUAUUUUGAAAUGAAUUCAGAUAUAAAAAAUUGUCUCCUAAGCUCGCAGAAAAUAAGGAAAACUUAAAACACGUUUUCUAAAAAAAAAGUGGCGUACAAUAUCAGACCAAGAAGAAUAAGUGGUCGAAGAUCACUAAACUUGCUGUCAUCUGAAGAACCAGCUAGCUGCGCUAGAAGGCUGCGUCUUUGUAAUGGAGUCGCGCCUGGCUUGGAAGAGAUACACCUCAUAUCCACAACCCCUUCGUCAUCGUGUGGUGCUUAUUGGAUGGGCUUUAAUAUGGACUAUGUCCCUAAACUCUGUAUUCUGUGGAGAAAAAUUGGCUUCACAUGGGCUGAUACAACAAACCCAUGAGUGGCAAUUUUAGAAAGUCAACAGGAAGAGCUUGGAUUCUAAUGCGAGUGACAAACGAGGCCGUCAAAGGCUUUUUCUGCUUCACCGCAAGUCGAUUUACUGAUUAUAAGUGUUUCGCAUCUGCCAGAGUAUGGAUUACUGGAAGGCCAGGGUGUUGCUUCUGUCGUUCAUGUGUAUCAUUAGCACCGCCACGGCAGAUGGGGAAAUCAUUUUUCGCAUUGAUCCUCUCGCUUUACUGUCGGCCACCUUGCGGACAUAUCAAAAAGCGGCAUGUGACUCGGAUCAAGUGCUUAUAGCCUGUCCCCGUGGUACUAGUAUUUCAAUCGAGUUUGCCCAGUACAAUAAGUUUGUUGCGAAAGACGGCUACAGUAUUGAAGAAUUAUGUCCUGGGUCUGGGGAAAUAAGAUCGGAAAUCCGGGGUAGAACAAAGCACCUUCUUCGCGGAUCGAUCUUUGGCUCACCACCACUAAAAACACCGUCUAGCAAAUACAUGACUGCUGGCCACUCCCUUGCAGUCCCAGUACAAUCUGUUCCUGAAUUCAACAGUAGCAGUGCCACUAGCUCCGAAUCAAUUUCAAGCGUGUCCCCUUCAGUUGAUGAUAUUCAAAGUACUGAUUACAAUACUGACAACGCUUCCGAGAACUGCAUGUGGCCAAAUGCAUUACAGUACUCCUUACUGCAAACUGUCGUCGAGGCCUGCCAAAAAAAGAAGCACUGCAAGUUCCACGGAUCCCCAGAGUUCUACGGCCAGGGCUCCAGCGGUGUGGGCGACUCGUCUGGAACCAGCAGCUACCACAGCAGCACAGCCAGCUCCAAUGCAAUAAGCAACGAUCCUUGUCCAAAACGCAAAAAAAUUGUCGAAGUCGCUUACAAAUGUCGCCCAUAUGAGUUCCGAAGUAAGGUGGCUUGUCACAAUGAUGUAGCACAACUAGAGUGCAAUCCUUACUCCCGUAUAGCCGUAUAUAGUGCCAGCUUUGGAAGAACCGAGUACGAGAGCAUUCAGUGUCCCCAACCGCAAGGAGUUCGAGAAGAAACUUGUCUCGCUUCAUAUGCCACGGAGACUGUAAUGCAAAUUUGCCAUGGUAGACGUCGAUGCAACCUUGCAGCCGACGCAAAUACUUUUGGAAGCCCUUGCCAACCAAAUUCCCGAAUGUACUUGAAAGUUGUUUAUACGUGCGUGCCAAAGCAAGUCCUAAAAGAAAACAAGGCGUUGGAAGUGGAGGCUGACGAAUCUGAAGAUUUUGGAGGUGAUCUGAAUGACCUCUACGACGAUGAGCUUAUCUAUAAGGAGUCCGAGGCAAUACCCAAACUGUAUAGCAAUACAACAACGACAGUACGCCAAAACGGUACCAGAUCACUAGGGUUAGGAUUCAGCGUUAAUUCUGCGAACAAUCAGAGCAUCACAAACAGUUCGCUGGUCGUCGAAGGCGAUAGGAGUGACGUCAAUCCUGUCAUGACGCACAGUGCCGACUUAAGUCUAGAGGAGGACCAAGAACGUCUUUAUUUUUAUCUUCUUGCUCUGGUUUCACUCGGAGUGCUUAUUUCCAUUGUCAUAUUCGGCACUAGGAUAGCGCUUCAAAAACACCAUCUGGUAACAGAAACGCUCUCCAGCUCUUUUGCAAAAACGACGAGACGGGUUGAGGAAACAACUAUUCCAAGCGGCUUAAAUGACACAAUUUCCGAAAUAGACGCUGAAAUCGACCUAAAAACAACACUUCCUUUACCCAACUUGUCCAAUAAAGAGAAUUACUUGACCUACGCACCAACCAGCAGUCUGUACGCCGAUCUCCCCCGUAAUCAACUGGUCUCAGCUUGUAGCCAAGGAUCUGCCGCCGGGCAAAUAGGAAAGCCGCACAUCGUUGGCACUCGUCAAUCACCCGACCUUAUUGGCAUAACACAGGGACCUUUUGUGACUACAAGUAUGGCGAGUUUAGGCGGUCAGGGUCCGAUGGCUGCGAUGGUGACGUCGGCUAUUGUUAUUGGAGAUUCUACGCCCAAUAGUAGUUCCUUAGGCGCUAUGAUACCUAUCACCCAGUACACAACUGCUCCAACAAUCAGAGGCGGGUACGUCAUAAGUGCUGAUAACAUGGGUGUAAUUCAGCGGGCGAAUAACACGCCCACCCCGUUAAACUUGCUGUCCGGGAGCACGCCAGAACAACCCCCGCAAGCCGGACCGAUAAUCUCGGCGGCGGGCAUGACUGUAACUCCACAGGCCCAUGGGGGCGCAUCAAAUCUGCGGCGUGUAAAGCCACCAUUCUUGCAGCCACAGCUUUCAUAUGAUGGCACUGCACCACGGACUCUCUCCACCGGAGUAGCUGUUGGCUCGCAGUUUUAUUAUGGAUGACACAGCACACUGGACUGUGACCCGUUUGUGUACACCACAGCGUUAGGUAUGGCACCAUCAACAUCCAGUACUCAAGAAACAGAGGAGAAAUUAGAUCGAGCAAGCUUAAAAAAUGGUCUUGACACGUCUUAGCCAUCGGCAUUCCCAAGUUGCCCUAGGUUGUAGCUAGGCAACAAGGCCAGUUCUUUCAAAACCGCCACAAGUGUUUUACAAUCCCAGCUACAUCCAGACUCUGGAAAGGAGUGAAAAGAAUCCUAUCAAGCAAGCGAGCACUGUUGUUUUCAACAUAAAAGAAAUAUUGGCACCCGUGUGUAUAUAAUAAACAAAUGUUAUGUACCCAAAAAAGAAAUAUUAUUUUCAAAAUGUCGAUAAUACUAAAUACGGAAAAUUAAUUUGUUAAAUUAAUAGGUUGUCUUCCGACAGCCGAGAGGAACCAUAUACAAAUACAAGUUUGUAUUUGUAUAGUCUUCCGUAUUUCGAUCAGACAUUAAUUGCAGAAAAUAUGAGAAUACAUUAAGACAAUUUGGACAAAAAAGUAGUCUCCGGAGAAUAAUUUUGUAAUGAAAGUUAAAAAAUGCACGGAAGGAAAAGUGCACAAGCUUAUUUAAAUCAAAUUGUAGGACUGCGGUUUUUGGAUGCUACGGUGCCUCAAUGUCCUGAAUAAAAACAGUACUCCUUAUCGCCCCGCAUUAAUAAAAUUGGCGCCAAAGCAUAAUUAAUUAUCAUUGUUAAAGCAGAAACUAUGCAAUUGACAGCAGAAAGGUGGUAAAGUUAGUCUUAGGCUCUGCACAUUUGCAAAACCUGUAUAUUGGGGAUAGUAAUCCUUUAAUAAAAAGUUAGGAACAACGUGAAUACCAAAGUGUGCAUCAGGAUAGUUGCAUUCAAUCUUCGGUUAAAAAAUUUAUAAAUAAGUUUCAUUUAGACGUGGUUUGGGUUGAGGUUUACUUUUUAAUGUCAAGUGCCUUCCUCAUUACAUUUAAAUGUAAAGUAGCCGUAAAAAUACCAAACCAUUGGAACGUACGUUUGCUUACUUGUAUAAAAUAGUGCAGCAGUCAAUAUUGUUUGAAUAAAAGCAAACCCGAAAUUACAGGAACAGUUACCUACAGUUAUAUCGAAAAAAAAAUAUAAAUGUUUGAAACAACAAAUUUCCGGAUGUCCAAAUCUCAAAAGAACGCCAUUAAUUACUUGUAUUGAGUGUAUAAUUCUAGCCAGAAAAUAUAAAUAUAUAAUUGGUAUUCGUGUAUGAAAAUGGUGAAGCAAAUAAAAAAAAUUAACUCAUAAGCAAUGCGAUGUUAAUUAAUUUAAUUCCUUACGCUUAAGAAUCAUUCAAUAAUGCAAUCUAUAAAAUAAAUAAUACAUUAAAGAAAUCAAAAAAUUGUCGGUAGAAUAAGUAUACAUAGUAAGAAUAUGGUUUCUGUUGUCUCUUUUCCCCCUACAAGUAUGAAUUCUACAUUUUAUACGAUUCAUUUCAAAUAAAAAAACUAUACAUGAUUAU